AUGCCGGUGCGAGCGGUCGAGGCGACGCAGAGGCGACCAGCUGAGGCGGCGCAGAGGCCGGGGGCGGAGAGGCCGGGGUCGGAGACGGCGCAGCAGAGGCCGGAGGCGGAGAGGGCGCAGAGGCGGGAGGCGGAGAGGGCGCAAAGGCCGGGGGCGGAGACGGCGCAGCAGAGGCCGGGGGCGGAGACGGCGCAGAGGCCGGGGGCAGAGAGGGCGCAGCAAAGGCCGGAGGCGGAGAGGGCGCAGCAGAGGCCGGAGGCGGAGAGGGCGCAGAGGCCGGGGGCGGAGAUGGCGCAGCAGAGGCCGGGGGCGGAGACGGCGCAGAGGCCGGGGGCGGAGAGGGCGCAGCAGAGGCCGGAGGCGGAGAGGGCGCAGCAGAGGCCGGAGGCGGAGAGGGCGCAGAGGCCGGGGGCGGAGAGGGCGCAGAGGCCGGGGGCGGAGACGGCGCAGCAGAGGCCGGGGGCGGAGACGGCGCAGAGGCCGGGGGCGGAGACGGCGCAGCAGAGGCCGGAGGUGGAGAGGGCGCAGAGGCCGGGGGCGGAGAGGGCGCCGCGGCAGAGGCCUGGGGCGGAGGUGGCGCAGAGGCGGAGGGCAGAGAGGGUGCAGAGGCGGGAGGCGGAGAGGGCUCAAAGGCCGGGGGCGGAGACGGCGCAGCAGAGGCCGGGGGCGGAGACGGCGCAGAGGCCGGGGGCAGAGAGGGCGCAGCAGAGGCCGGAGGCGGAGAGGGCGCAGCAGAGGCCGGAGGCGGAGAGGGCGCAGAGGCCGGGGGCGGAGACGGCGCAGCAGAGGCCGGGGGCGGAGACGGCGCAGAGGCCGGGGGCGGAGACGGCGCAGCAGAGGCCGGAGGUGGAGAGGGCGCCGCGGCAGAGGCCUGGGUCGGAGAGGGCGCCGCGGCAGAGGCCUGGGUCGGAGGGGGCGCAGAGGCGGGGGGCAGAGAGGGCGGAGCGGCAGCGCCUGCACAGGGAGGUCGUCACCCGCUGCUGGGAGCGCUGGAUCGACGCCACCUUACUGGGCGCCCAAGACAUCGAGCAACUGAUCCUCGGCUGGCUCCAGGAGUACGAAGACUUCGAGGGCUUCUUCAUGCGGAACCUCGCGCCCCAGGACAGCGCCGGCUCGCCCCCGCGCCAGACCUGA